CUAUUUCUACAGCAGAGGCACAGUCUGCUAUAGCUUUUAAUCGUCCAUGCGGAUCCGAUAUGUCAACAUCCUUUACGGCAGGAUGUUUGACAGUUUUAGUCUCCAACCUUUCCUUGUUCAUUUAAAAAUCGUAGGUUAUGUUUUACGAAUAUGUAUAUAUAUUCUCUGUUACAGUUACAAAUAUCCGUAGUUCGUGAUUUCUGACAACUCUAAAGAAUGCAUAAAGGUUUGUCUCAUUUUAACUACGUAACAUCAGUGAAACUUUAUAUCGAAAGCGACGAUUCUGUUAAAUAGAAAAAUAUGUCAAGUCUAUGUGUCAUCGAGUGUUAUCAAUUGCCAGUGUUACCAAUGGAAGUAUGAAAAGUUCUAUGUAUUACACGGUGAAAUACUUCAUAAUAAAUGAUGGUUAUAUAUUGUAUUCGAUUAGUAGACAACGAAAUUUAAGAAACGGAUGCAUAAACAAUGAACGCAAUUCAUGUGUUUAUGGCUCAAGAUUGUAAACGAAUGUUUAUUUAGACAUGGAAAAUAAUAAAACAGGUGGAAAAAAUAGAGAGGAUGAUGAAACUUCUCUCACUAAACGAACAAAAGUUGAAUCUUCCUUUGGAGCUGCAUUUAGUAAUCUAAAGAGUUCAGAAUUUUACAAUGCAGCAGUACCAGGAACUUCAAAAGAAAUUCCUAAGGAUUCAUCAAGCUUUAGUUCACUUUUAGUCAAUGUAAAACAGAAAGGAAAUCCACUGUUGAAAUGUAUACAUAAUGUCGUAUGGGAAUAUGCUGAUAUUAUACCAGACUACGUAAUGAGUAAAACUACUUGUGCAUUGUUUUUAUCAAUACGAUAUCAUCAGCUUAAUCCAGAUUAUAUUCAUGAAAGACUUAAAACUUUAGGAAACAUGUAUAAUCUUCGAAUUCUCUUAGUUCAGAUUGAUGUGGCAGACCCUCAUCAUGCCCUAAAGCAUUUAAUAAGAAUGUGUAUUCUUGCAAAUAUGACAUUGAUGUUAGCAUGGAAUGCAGAAAAUGCUGGUAAAAUGAUUGAAACCUACAAAAGGUAUGAGAACAAACCACCAGAUGGAAUUAUGGAAAGGAGUGAAACAGCACCUUAUCAAAAGUUGGUCAGUGCUUUGACCACAAUACGUUCAGUGAAUAAAACUGAUGCUACAACUCUUCUAUCAACUUUUGGAACAUUAAGUGAACUGAUAGAUGCAGAGCCAAACUUGUUAGCUCUCUGUCCUGGUGUUGGAUUGCAAAAAGCACAGCGAAUUCACAAAAUCUUACAUGAACCAUUUUUACGUUCAUAAAAAUCUAUGAUCUAUUACGUUCAAUUAUUAUAUUAUAAUACGUGUCUCUCUUAUUUAAUAAAUAUAUUUUUGUACAAUUUUGAGUCGCCUAAAAGCAUUAAUCAAUUAAUGGCAACGAUGCAAAAUAAAUCAUUUAGUUUCCUUA